UGCAAGGGAGUGUGAUGAAAUUAUAUUGGCACAUGUUAUUGUAAUUAUGCAGUAAUCUUCUUUAAUGUGUUCUGUACAAUGUUUCUCAUAAAGUAUAUUUUUAUAAUUUAUUUACUAAGCACACGAUUGAAUCAUGCAAAAUCUGUCAAUGCGGCAGGUCCAGUCAUAUCGAAUGCGACGAGUGCUGUACAAAUGCCACAAGAUGCAACCGAUGCCGUCAAAUGUGAUAAAAAUUCCAAUUCGACUAGAUCGCCUCCGCUUAAAAUAAAUCUGCCAUUCAUGGAUAUGACUGUGGAAAAUGAACGAAAUUUGAUUGUAAUGCAAGAGCAGGACAUGCACAGCUUGUACGUACUCCACGGACAUGAACUGUUUCACUUAGUUGUUGGCCAGAAAGAAAAACGUAUAUCACGUGUUGCUUUUUUGUCAGGUAGUGUAGAGCAAUUGGAGCCCUUGGAUGCAACGGUUAUCACAUGGCAUAAAUAUCUGAUAAUAGCUGUUGCUCUUGCUGAUUUCGUGGAGAUUUACGGUAUUCCAUUAGCAAAUAUACAAAGCGAAAGUGAUAAUGCAAAAAACAACAAUAGUAGUGUUGACAGUUCAUUACAAUAUGAGCCAAUACAACAAUUAACUGUGUUUGGAAAAUAUCGAAAAGCGUUUCUGAUUGAGCCUCAGAAGGAUUCAAUAAUGUUUAUUUUAAUUACAAAUACAACUAGAUUAAAUGGAAUCGUGCGUACUUUUGUUUGGCAAGAAUCAUAUUUCGAUCCAAUAGAAGAGCUGCCUUUACCACCUGCACAAAAGCUUUUUGUAGUGGGCACGUUUCCAAAAUAUUUUAUAACUGGCAAAACACUUAAACACCAACCAAAGACUAUUCUUAACAUUUACGAAAUCGAGCAGAAUGACAUGCACCUACGUAAAUCCCAGGUCCUAACUGUAAAUUCUCGUUCAGUCCUCGCUACUACCUAUCGUAGCAAUAAUUUCAUCGUUGCUUGCUCACGUGAGCAAAAGAAAUGUCCUACUUUUCGCAUGAAGGAUGGACAAUUUAACGUCUUCAAAUCGUAUGUAAGUGCGGAACUGAAAUUCGAUAAAUUAGUUGGUGGUUUGAAUUUUCUUGUGGCAGCGCGUCUUAAUGAAAUUUUAAUCUAUACAAAUAUCUACUUAAAUUGUUAUAGUACUUUUAUAACCAAUGAAACCGAUAUUACCACUAUAAUUACUCAUACUAAUAAUCAUGAUGAAAACUAUUUGAUACUGGUCUACAAACGACCACUUCAUACUCUAAUACGCAUGAUACAUACUGAAACCAAUGACGGGCAAGUUUUAGGAAAAACAUCGGUUAAUGCCACAGAUAUUGAAGAUAUAGAUGAAAAGCUUGAACAUCAGCACGUCUUUGAAGACACUAUCGGUAGACUGCGAAGCUUAUUGUUGAGACGAAGAGCUGCAAUGAAUGUAUUUCGAAGAGUGGCUUCAGUAACACAAUUUAAUUUAACUGAGCUUAAAGUUAAUAAUACGGUUAAAAUAAAUACUGGUCAUAUCAAUGUAAUAAAGAUAGUAGAUGAAAAUCUUAUCACUCCAUCGCAGUUGUUGAAACGUGCACAACAGAUGACUGAAGAUUAUGUGAAGUCCAGAAAACCGCGUUCUGUUAAUAUAUCGCAGAAUGAUAGUGUAGUAUCCUUUAAGUUUCUGAAAGUUAAAAACAUAACAGUAGAAAAUCUAUUGUAUGAAGGCGAUUUACUAGAAGGUUUUUCUUUGGACAACAGCACAGGAGUGCCAAUAUUGUCAGUUAAACCACAUAUUACUACAAAAAAUAUAAAUUCGCCAAUAUAUAAAUGUGAAAAGCAUAACAUAGAUCUAACACAAGGCAAAGAUAGUAACAGUACUGUUCUCAAAACACGUAAAUUAAAUGUUAAGACUAUUAAUGGUAUACCGUGGUCAACUUUAUAUGAUUCAUUUUUCUUAAAAAAUCGUGACACUAAAAUCGAUGGACAACUAACUUUUCAGGGAAAAACGAAAGUAGUAAAUUUGUGGACGGAAACUAUAAACGGUUUAGUUACGGAUGACUUAUUUAAUUUAAAACACCCCCAAGUAGUGAAUUCUAAUAUUACUAUAUCUAGGUUUCUAGUCAAAAAUUUAACAGCUGAAAAAGUGAAUGGCUUGGAUUUUGCAGAAGAUAUUGUUUUUCGUGGCAGAGAUACUUUAAUAGAAACACCUGUACGAAUAAAUCAAGUGGAGAUAACCGGAAACUUGUAUAUAGCAGAUAAUAAGCAGCCUGUGGUCGACGAAAUUAUAUUGCAACAAUAUUAUACCAAAAAAGUUACGAUAAAUGGUUCGCUGACCAUAAAUAAUUUAAAUACAGACUUUGGGAAUACUACCAAAAUAUUUGUGGACGGAAAACCUCUAUCUAGAGAAAUCAUCGAAAAGACAUAUUUUUUGCAUAACCAAGAUCAGAUUUUUGACACACCAGUUGUAUUUGGUAAUGCCAAAGUCACAGUUCCACAUUUAGAGACAAAGUAUUUAAACAACCACCCAGUACAUGAUCAUCUACUUAGAAGCGAGCAGCCUGAUAGUAAAAAACCAUAUCAUAUUGUUUUUAUGUCAGCAAUUGUUAAUGGAAAUAUAACUUAUAAUAGCAGCGAUUCAAGAAUUUCAAAGCUUGAUAAGCAAUCGAUACGUUACGGAGAAUCAGCAAAUAUAACAGGUCACAAAAUUUUUGAGGCACCUGUAACAGUGGACCAUUUGCUUACAUUGAAACUGAAUGAAUUGCCGGUUGAGGAAUUGGUUUUGGAUUCCCAACUAGAAAAUAAUUUUACUUUGGGCGGUGUGAAAAGUUUUGAAAAAGUGACUGUGCUAAAUGAUGUUUACAUUGAGAAAGAACUUAAUACAAAUUACUUAAAUAAUGUACCAUUAGAUAAUUUGUUAAGUUAUGAUUACUAUAUGGACAAGGUAUUCGUUCCUCAUGAUUUAAACGUGUCUAACAUUGUAUUUCACAAAUUAAAUGAUGUACCCUUUGACGACAUAUUUAAUAAGUUUCAUGUGAAAGAUGAUCAGCUCGUGUUACACAAAGACUUAAUAGUUGAAGGAAACGUGGAGUUUGUUGAGAAUCUUGAGGUCUCUUUCAUAAACAAUAUCGAUUGGGAAUCUUAUAGUCAGAGUCUUGUACGUGUUAAUGAAAACGCAGUUUUAUAUGGACAAAAAAGAUUUUUAAGUGAUGUGACGGUUACGGAAUCAUUUCAAACCCCAACUAUAAAUGGUGUCGACUUAGAUGAUGUUUUUAGUAAAAUUUUGCUUAAAUCUAAACCACAAAUCAUUACUGGUGCUUACAGCUUUUCUAACGCACAGUUCACAAAUGUGGAUGUACCUAUAAUAAAUGAUGUACCUACAGAUGAGUUUAUUGAUAUACGAGAAGAAAAAAUAACUAUUUUUAGUGACAUUGUUGUGCCUAUGGUUACUGUAAAUGGAAAUAUGAGCGGGGAGUUUGAUAACCCAUUUAAUUUAUCAAACAUUAUAGAUCGUGUGAAAGCAUUACCAACGCGUCCAUGGCGCAACUUAGUGGUACGGGGCAGCGCCAAAUGGAACAAAACCACACCUCGCCAUGAGAAACAAUAUGAACAAUUAUUAUAUUUGUACAAGAAUGCAGUCAAGCGUUCAGCUGAUCAGAUUAUAACUGGAAAUGUAAAAAUGAGUAAUGUUUAUAUCAAGAAAAUGAAUACAAAAUCAAAUGUAUUGCAGGAUAUUGACUUUGAUUUUCUAACUAAAGACUGUCUGUAUAAAAAUAGUAAUAAAACACAGCAUGUGCUUGCUCCAAAAAUAUUUAUUCAGCCGUUGGAAAUGAAAAACGCAGUAUGUAAGUCUUUACUUAACGUGAACUAUGUGAAUGGCGUUAAUAUCGCACUUUUCAAUAGUUCUUUAUAUCGCAAAUCAAGUGAUUUACCAAUUAGUGCGCCACUAUAUUUCAAGACCACACCUACUAUAGAGCGCUUGAACGUGGAGGGUUUAGUCAAUGGAAAACCAAUUUCACAAAUAUAUGAAAUUUCUCAUCCGAUAAUGCCACCAGUGUUUAUACAAAAUUUGACAGUCAAUGGAACAUUACAGAUUAUUAAUACCACUGUAGAUAAUGUAGACUUCAAUGAUUUUCUUUCCACACGUGUAUUGAAACCUGAAAUUUCACCAGAUAUGUAUGGCGCACUAGCAUUUAAAAAUUUGGUUCUGAGUCAAAAUGUAAAAAUAAAAUCUAUUAAUAAUUUUUCAAUAAACAGUUUUGAUCAAUGUAAAAGUGAAAAACCACAAGAAAUGACCGGAACUAAAAUAAUUGAAGGCGAAACACAGCUACUUGAACCUGUACACGUCCAGCGUUUAAAUGGUAAGGACUCAGCUGAGAAUUAUAAGCUGACAUUGUUUGCAAAUAAAUCCCAUGAUUUUGAUUCGUUUAAUAUUGAUGAGGCAACAUUUAAAGGUAGUGGUAUGCAAAGAAAACCAAAUGAUUUUGUUGGUGCAGCAGUCCCCGGUUUAGGUUCUAUAUCUAAUACUAUGGUUAGUUCUGUUGAGCAGAAAAUGGCAGAAAAAACUACGGAACUCGAAAAAGUUGAAACUGCUACUGCAGAGGUGAAUGAAUUAAGUUCGUUUGUUGAUGGUGCAGAUACAAACGAGCUACCCUAUUUAAGAAAUUUAGGUUAUGAUUUACAGGCCAAUGUAUAUUGGCAUGCUGCUAAUGAAACCAUCGAUAAACUGUUUCAGUUUGAACUAACGCGUCUGUCGUUUUGUGAACGUCAAAUAUUGCAAGUCCAAAUCUCGAGCGCUACCAACAAUGUAUAUCUGACAAACAUAACCACAAAGUUAGUGACCACUACAUCGUCUAAAGUAAGUAUCAAGGCGGAAAAUUAUUGCGUUAUUAAAUAUAAAAAUAUUAGGAGUAAAAUCACCCUAACUACUCCACACUUCGUAGAAAAGUUUGGCAUGAAAAAAUUUGUAGAGAACGUGUUUAUACAUGGAGCCGAAGAAAAUAUAUCGUUUGCUCUAAUCCACGGCUUAAAUGCCGACAGGAACAUAAAUGAGGUACGCGUAUUGAAGAUCGAAAAGUUGCAAAAGAGUCUAAAAGAUUGGCAGACCAUUAAGAAUGGAAUUGGUAGAGUGUUGAAAUUUUUCCAACACAAUAACCAUACAUUGCUGUUGAGUGCAGCGGUGGUAGAUAAGCGGCGAGCACUGAGCAUUUAUGUGUUUAUACCAGAAAAGGAAAAGUUCAGUCUGCUGCAAGUAAUAAAUGGUGAAUAUGAUAUCAUAGAACCAGUAGUCUUAUCAGAGAACACUUCGCAUUUUAUACUUUCCUGUCAACUAUGUCAACGCGUUUUCAUUUAUGAAUGGAAGUUAGCUAAGGGCACAAAAUAUGAGAUACUUCAGGAGUUACAACUUGAUUCACCGAUCAACAAAAUAUUUACUUUUCACUUAGCAACUGAUGGCGGAUAUUAUCUGUUGAUCCUGCCAAAGACUGGACUAGACCGUUAUCAUGUCUAUAAGUACUCUUACAUUCAAAACUGGGAGCAUUACACUUCUAUAGACUUUCAUAAUGUCAGCCUUGCUGUGCCACUCUCGAACAGUGCUUUGUCAUCUAGCAAUGCUGAACAACCAUUGUUACUGUUAUGUGACAGGAGUUCAGAGUGCAACAUAGUCAAAGCUUAUAUUAAGGAUGGAAAGGAUUAGCAAAUUUUGUAAAUCAUUAGUAUCAACCAUUUGUAUAUAAAACAUGUAAAUAUAUAUAAAUAGAAAUUUUGUUAAGUUUGCACGAUAUUUUAUGUAAAUGUUUGAUCAAACAUUCAAAAUGUGAAUAACAUU